AAAGUUGCUGCUACUGUUUACUACCCGACAGCUUUAGCUUUUGCCUUUGUCCUUAAAUCAAGUUAAUCCCAUUUUUUCUAAAUUACCAAAAAAGUGACUUUUCAAUUCCUAUAAAACACUCUUCUUCACAAAGCCUCUUAUCUCAUCAACAAGUCUUUCUCUCUCUAGACAACCAUAAGAACACAAAACACACAAAAACAAAGUUUCUUUCUUUGAAGAGAAAUGGAAAAAGUUGAUGUUUAUGAUGAGCUUGUUAACCUUAAGGCAACAGAGCUGAGAUUGGGAUUACCAGGGACAGAAGAAACUGUUUCUUGCGGAAAAAGCAACAAAAGAGCUUUACUUGAUGAUACUGAGAAAGAGAUUGAAUCCACUGGAAAAAACGAAACCGCUUCUCCUCCAAAGGCUCAGAUUGUUGGAUGGCCACCAGUUAGAUCUUACAGAAAGAACAAUAUUCAGACAAAGAAGAAUGAAUCUGAAGGUCAAGGAAACUAUGUGAAAGUGAGUAUGGAUGGUGCUCCAUAUCUAAGGAAGAUAGAUCUAACUAUGUAUAAACAAUACCCAGAGUUGAUGAAAUCACUUGAAAACAUGUUUAAAUUCUCUGUGGGAGAAUAUUUUGAGAGAGAAGGAUAUAAAGGCUCAGACUUUGUUCCUACUUAUGAAGAUAAAGAUGGUGAUUGGAUGCUUGUUGGUGAUGUUCCUUGGGAGAUGUUUGUCUCGUCUUGUAAGAGGUUAAGGAUCAUGAAAGGAUCAGAAGUUAAAGGGUUAGGUUCUGGUGUUUGAUACACCUAAUUGAGAGACAAAAUAUCAAAGAGAAAGAUUCAAAAACAGAGUUUUUUUGUUCUGUUUCUUGAAACAGAGUAAAUAUAGCUCUGAAACUGCUCGGGUUCUCGGGGAGAGAUGAUGUUUCAUACAAUCAUAGUUUGUGAAUUUUUACCUCAUAGGUAAAAAACAUUCACUUCUUGUGGUGUUCUUGAUUCUCUGAUGGUAACAAAAUGUAACAGAGAGAUGCUUAAAAUGGUCUUAAGCAUAUAAGUGUGAGAAAGAUCUAAAUCUAAACUUUAGCUAUAACUCUGUCUCCUUAAAGGAAAAGGUUUUGUGGUGUUAGAAAGAUCAUUAUGUUUGUGUUUUUUGUAAAGUUCUAAUCGAAAAAAUUAUGUAAUUACCCAUG